GUGUUUCCCCGUUCGCCAUACGAGAAUGGAGGAGACACGAGAACACUAUAAAUGGUGGAAACCCCCUGACUACCCUCCGCUCUCUCUGUCUCUGGUUUCGUUUUCUUCUUUUUUCUCUUUUUGUUACCUUCUGAUAGAUCUCGUCAUCCCCCAUCUGGCUUCUCAUCCCUUCAACUUAUUAAGAGAUUCAUAGCCCGUGAUCUGAAGGAUGCGACCAGGCCGGAGAAUCCGAGAAGGCUCCUGGAAAUCGAGUCCAAGACCCCAUUUCUUCAAGAUAAUCGUCAAAGCAAGUCUCGAAAGUGAAGAGCUUAUUAUCCCAAAAGAGUUCACAAGGCAAUACGCAAAGAAACUAGCUGAUGUUGCAGUCCUCGAGGUACCCACUGGGAGAAAGUGGAGAGUAGAAGUCAAGAAAGUCGAUGGAUCAGUGAGGUUUCAAAAUGGCUGGCGGGGUUUCCUAGAAUAUCACUCGAUUUCUGUUGGUCACUUCCUCCUGUUCAGAUACGAUGGCAAAUCGACUUUCUCUGUCUUUAUAUUCAAUCAGGGCGCUUGUGAGAUAGAUUAUCCAAGUGACACUCAUGACGAUCUUGAAGAAUCUAGUCUUCACACUGAAUGCUUGAUCCCUGUAAAGAAAGAACCAGAGGAAGAGGAUCCUGUCGAACCCUUACCUGCUCUUCCUUCAAUUCAGCAUCUGCCUUCUUCUGUGGAAGAGGUUCUGGACAAAGCCCAAGAGCUACAGAGUACUAAAAGAAGAGGGAGACCAAGAAAAAAGCGCCAUUCAUUCCAGCCUCUGCCUCCUUCCGCGGAAGAGGUUCUCGACGAAGCCAAAGAGCUACAGAUUAGUAAAAGAGGGAGACCAAGAAAAGGUAGUUCUUCUCAAAAGCAGCAGAGAGACAGAAAUCAUCAGGAACUUAGAGAAUUACGUGAUGGAAGUGGACUAAAUGAAAUCAAAGUUGAAGAAGAACCCUUCUGUGCUUUUCCUUCAUCACUGCCUCUGCCUUCUUCCGCGGAAGAGAUUCUCGACAAAGCCCAAGAGUUACGGAUUUCUAAAAGAGGGAGACCAAGAAAAAAUAGUUCUGAAAGAAAGCAGACGAGAAACAGAAAGCAUCAGGAACUUAGAGAAUUGGGUGAUGGAAGUGGUAUAAAUGGGAUCAAAGCCAAAGGUCCUAUCUUUGAUGCUGAGAAUGAAAUGGAAGCGAUUGAGGUUUCUUCCGAUAAUCCUAACAAUGAAACAAGCAUGUCUACGUCGACAGAGGAUCCUGUGGAACCCUUGUCUGCCUUUCCUUCAUUCCUGCCUCUGCCUUCUUCCGCAGAAGAGGUUAUCGAAAAAGCCCAAGAGCAAGAGUUACAGAAAACUAAAAGAAGAGGGAGACCAAGAAAAAAGCAACGUUCAUUCAAGCAUCUGCCUUUUUCCGUGGAAAAGAUUCUCGACAGAGCCCAAGAGCUACAGAUUGUUAAAAGAGAAUUUGAUGAUGGAAUUAGACUAAAUGGAAUCAAAGACAAAGGUCCUAUCUUUGAUGCUGAGAGUGAAAUGGAAGCGAUUGAGGUUUCUUCGGAUAAUCAUAACAAUGAAACAAGAAUGUCUACUUCAACAGUGAAUUCCUCACUUAGCAUGGAUGCUCAAUAUCAGAAUACAGAUGCAGACAAUUCUCUACCUUUUGUUCCACUUCCUUCUUAUGGAGAUGCAAGUCUUCGGUUCAAUGGGAGUGAACCUUCAGCACCUGCUAACCAGGUUAAAUCUAAUUGUUUGGAGCAAGAAUGUAGAAGCAAAGAUUUUACAGCAAGGGACAGUACUUCAGCUGCUGAACCUGAUGCAGGAAAACACAUUGACUCUUCGCUUACAAAACAUGAAGAGAAUGUUAGCAUGCGCUCAUCUCGGAGGAAUGAAAGGCUUGUGACAGCAAGUAAGAGGGUAGUGAUGAACCAACAAAAAGAAAAGGCGAUUUGCGCAGCCCAGAUGUUUAAAACCAAAAAUCCUUCCAUUAUGAUAAUCAUGAAACCAUCAUAUGUGUACAAGGGAAAGGUAUUGAAUUUUCCAAAAAAUUUUGCCAAAAAGUACCUGAAUGAGGGAUUGCACAAUGUCAAAGUAUCAGUUUCAGACGGGAGAACAUGGAUGGUACGGUGCUCUAUAAACCAACGUAAGGCCAUGAUAACUGGGGGUUGGGCCAAAUUUGUUCGGGACAAUGAACUAAAAGCAGGAGAUUGUUGUGUCUUUGAGGUAUCUAAGGCUAAAGGUAUGGAGCUUAAAAUUUCAAUCUUCCGUGUUGUUGAAGAAGCAGAACCAGAGUUCAAAUAAAAUCAAUAGGACUUCUGAUGAAUAGGGAGUCAAGUAGAUUGGCUUUUAAUUCUUUUUUCUGUGUUGAACUGGUUUUUUAUUAACUUCUGAAAGUAUGGAAUGGAUCUCUACAUUAGUAGAGCAGACACAAGACUGCCUUUUUGGUCA